AUGUUUGUGAAGUCGACUGCCUUGGUGGCUACUCGCCGGGUGCCAAGAAAGAUCGGAUGCGGCCAUGCAUCCAACCGAAUCCGCAAACAGUCUGCUUCUGUGGACAUUCACUUUCAGAUCAUCGGCAUGCUGGGACUCCUUCGGCAGAUGGUUGGGAGAAGUGUCAGCGCUGCCCCUGCGCCAAGUUUACAUACGUGCAGCCCCAUUCGCGCUGCAACUGUGGACACAGCAAUCUGGAGCACAGCCCCACGGGCUUCUUCGCCUGCAAAGUGGACGGCUGCCCCUGCCAAACUUUCCACGACCCCGGCACCUGCCGCGUGUGCCUUGGAGAGGGAAAGGCUUGGGGGUUGCCAUUUCCGCAGGGAUGCUCGCGAAAUUACUCGGAUGACUUGA